CACCCAGACUUUCCAAAUGAUACCAACAAACCCUCCGCUAGCAUCUGUAAACAAAGAUAUUAAUGUGGGUAUCGAAACAAACCAGACUUACUAAGCUAAAAAGUGCUAGAAGAGACAGUUAUCGCAUUAUAUCGCCAUCAUGUGGUGCUAAAUUGGGCACAACAACAGUUACUGGAACUCAGCCCUCUACCUUAGCGACACCUAGUUUGGGGUUGGGCGGCACCGCGCCUACAACUGGCGCCGGCGGCACGACUGCGGCCGAUGCUAAAUCUGAGCCACCAAAGCAGACCAAGUUGCCGAAUCAAAUAGCAACAAAUGUGGAAUCAUUCAAAGAGUUUGUCAAGAAACAGAAAGCGCUCAGUUCUGAAGUGAUGCGGGUGUCAAUAAAACCAUUGAAUAAGGUGGCGCGCGAGGUGGAGGGUCGUGCGCGCGAGGUGUCGUCGCUGAGCGGCGCCGUGAGCCGUGCGCGCGCCCGCUCGCGUCGCCUGCGCGCCGCCGCCGCCGCAGCGCUCGCCGCUGCUGAUGCCGCCGCCAGGCACCUCGCCGAGCCGGGUUCUGAGUUGGAGAGUACAUCGCCUCCGCAGUACGUGAAGGAGCUCAUAUCAGAGUUGGAACAACAGCUGAUCACAUUCUGGAGACAGAUGGAGGUCGCAGACAAACAGAUGCAAUCGUCGCCCAAAUUGCUUACUGAGCAAGAGUUGACACUUGGUAUCCGUCGCAUGCACGAGUCGCUGGUGGCGCUAGCGGGACGGCUGCAGGCGGUGCACGCGCAGGUCGAUGCGCAGAAGGAGCAGUACCUCAACCUGCGCAAGUACAUACUCAAGGACCCCACCAACGUGUUCGACACGCCUUACCCUAACACGAGUCUCGAUCAAAUUAUACGGGACGCUGAUAAUAACACUAAGAAGUUGAAGACUGGCAUAAGUGAUCUGAGCCGCUCUAGUGUUGUAAUGUCAGAUCCUAGAGCCGUUUUGGGUGGGAGUCACCAUUUGGCUGGUCCGUCACCCUUCUGCUAUGUGGGCGGAGGCUUGUCUCCGUUCCCAGGUGCAGAUGCUAGUGGUUCGUCGUGGCAGCCGCAACCUCAACUGAACACUGGGCUGUCCAUGACCGGCGGCUCCGACGCACCCACCUUCAACCUUCAGAAACCGCCUGGCAAGCGCGGAAAGCAAUGAUACUGGAGAUAGUAUUCGCACAAAUAAUGUGACCGUGCGAAUGAAAAACAUGUUCAGUGCUAAGUGAUUAGUUUAAAUUCUGCCUUUGUGGUUUCAAAAAACGGAAUUGUGGAUGUGAUGAGUUACAGUUAUGGGUAAGUUUGAAAAAUGUUCAUUAAAAAAAUUCAAAUGCUGUCAAGCAUGUUGAUGUUGGUGUUAAAUGUACUUUGUCUGGUAAUAUUAUGGUCUCUCUUUCUUUCUCUCCUGUUCUUCCAAUCUCUGCAGCCAACAUGAUAGUAAGCCCGUUUUGGUGUGAUUCAUAAAAUAAUUUAUCUGCUACUGAAAUCGGACACAUACUAAUUGUAAAUUAAAUUAUAAUUAUCCUCUUGUAUAUUGUCUAAUAGUCUUGCAACAUGUUGGAAAACUGACAGUGAUAUAAUCCUGACUUUAUUUGUCCUAACACGCUACAGGUACUAAUAAAUCUGGGGUUAUCGUAGACCACAGAAAAUAAACAGCAACAGGCUCCAUAGCCAAGGUGCCCUUCUACAAAUGUUAACACUAAUAUCUAAUAGAAUAA